ACGUUUGGCGCAGCGGUCGAUAAGAAUUCAGAAAUUAAGAGCCAAGCUACCCGUCAGCAAAACUAGCGUGAAACGCGUGUCUGGGGUCUGACUGUGACUGUGGAUAAAAAUAAAAGCCAAAUAAAAUACUUAAACUAAGUGAAUAUUUUGUAACUGUAACUGUUUUUCCGCACAAAGGCGAAGUGUACAUUUUUUUGUUUAUUACCCUUGAAAUAAUACCUAAACUUAAGACUGCAAGUUAAAUCAGUGCAUCAAAAUUGCCGACGCUAAUUGUGGCUCAAGGUAGCAGGAAGACCAUUUAACUGGAUUCUCAGGUGCGGCUUCAAGCUGGGCGAAUACCGUAAAAUGACACGUGUCCGGCGUAUUGUGCUCUCGACCUAAAAGUAUGCUGCAUCAUUAGUGUCAAGCUUUGGCGUUGACGUUGAGAAGCGUCUGGGAAGUCGACUGCAUGCUCAUUAGGAUAACAGCAAAAGCGCAUUACGAGGGCCAAACGACAAGUUCCUAUGUCAAAUACAGCAACCGAACAACAACAACAACAACAGCAAAACAUUCAUAAUUACCAACAAGAACAACAGCAGCGGCAAGGAAUUGAAGACGCAGAGCAACGCAAAAGUCAAGGGCACAAAAAGUGUCCUCCAGUAAAUUUAAAAGCAUGAACCUAGCGCUGACUGCCAACAGAAGUAACUUGUGCUACGCAGAGCUUUGCAGGAUGCCAGCAUCGCCAGCGAGCUGAUGCGUUUCAGAAACCCCAAAGAACACCAAGAAGAACUACCGCAGACAAAGGACAAGAGCAGAAACAGAGAAAGAGAGAGGGAGAAACAGAUAUUGAACGAAAGAGGAGAGGACACAAAUUAAGAGCACUCGCAAAUUGUUGCCGGGAAAUUGAUAUAUUCGAUUAGCAAUCUAGAAAGUUUGAACGACAGACGGGGCACAGAACACGCCUACAGCAAAGUGUUGCUCCCGUUGUCGUUGUCGUUGUGCUUGUGCUGUGCAUACAUAUGUGUGUGUGCGUGUGUGCAUGAGGAGAAGUUAAAGAAAAUUUACAUCCUGAGUCAGUCGUAUUAGCCGCUUUAAGCCAACGUCAAACGCCGAGUCAUGCCUGAGCAGGAUAAUUACGAUGAUGAGUUGGUUUCCAGCAAUCCAAAUCAACGCAACUGGCGCGGCAUUCUUAUUGCCCUUUUGGUCAUCAUCAUUGUUCUAGCCCUGAUCGUUACCUCAGUGGUGCUGCUCACGCCCCCCGAUGAGGGACCACGCGUCAAGGGGCAACGCAUCAAGCUGCAGGACAUUGUCGAUGGCCUCUAUAUACCACAGCGCGCCAAUGGCAGUUGGAUCGAUGCUGAGGAGUUUUUGUACCAGGACCAUUUGGGUCGCAUCUGUCUGCUGAAUGCAGCCAAUCGCACGGAACGUGUCCUCAUGUCCAAUAUGACAUUUAAAACUCUGGCGCCGUUCUCAUUCAGCUUAUCACCGGAUAAACGUUACCUGCUACUUGCUCAGAAUGUUGCCAAGCUGUUUAGACAUUCAUAUCUGGCUCAGUACACACUCUAUGACAUUCACACGAGUGAGACCGUCAAGUUGCGGAACAAUCAGUUGCAGGACGAGUGGCCCUAUAUGCAUUAUGCACGCUUUACAGGUGCUGGCAAUGCUCUCAUCUGGGUGUUCAACUACGAUAUCUACUAUCGGCAGGAGGUGCGAGCAACGCACACCUAUCGCAUUACCUACGAUGCAGUGCCUGGUGUCGUUUACAACGGGAUACCCGAUUGGCUAUACGAAGAGGAAAUCCUGCAUGCAAAUAAUGCCGUCUGGGUUUCGGAUAACGGGCAACUGCUGCUCUUCGGCAGCUUCAACGAUACAAACGUGCUGGAGCAGCACUUUGCCUGGUAUGGCACAACCUCAGCUGGCCCCGCAGGUGGCUCAGGAACAGGCGGCUCAGGCUCUAGCAGUGGCGGUGGCGGUGGCACGGGCACGAGCUCUGGUGGAGGAGGUGACUCAGGCAGCACUGCUGGUGGUACUAAUCCGCAUGCCAACUUGUACCCGGAAAUUAGAUCCUUACGGUAUCCAAAGCCAGGCACACAAAAUCCAACAGUUACAUUGCGGGUGGCCGAUUUAACUGAUCCACAAAACAUACACAUAACGGACCUGAAACCGCCGAAAAUUAUUCAAAACGAAGAUCAUUACUUUAGCAGUGCCAGUUGGGUGAGUGCAACAGAGAUCGCAGUGGUUUGGUUAAAUCGACCGCAAAAUAUUUCCGUGGUCAGCGUUUGCCGGAGUCCUUCGUUCGCCUGCAUUGAGACCCAUCGAGUGAGCGGAGAUGGACGUGGUUGGGUGGACACCGUCUCAGUGCCAUUGUUUGCGGCCAAUGCCAGUCUUUAUGUGGCCAUAUCCCCACUAAGAGAUGGCUCAUUUGGCUAUUUCCGGCACAUCGUACACGUGGACAUUGACAAUAAUCGAGUGCUGCCCCUCACGCACGGACCCUACGAAGUGAAUAGAUUGCUGCACUGGGAUCAGUUGGAUAAUUGGAUUUACUUUCUGGGCACACCAGAGCGUCUACCCUCCCAGCAGCACUUGUACCGCGUCUCAGCGCUGCCCGCUCGCCAGGGACAGGCGCUGCAGACGCCUGACUGCCUGACGUGCCCGGCAUUGAUGCAGCGCAACGAUGGCUAUGACGAGGGUCACACUAAGUCACCGCCAAAGCUGGUCACUGCAUGGGACGAUGAUUGGGAAGACUCUGAGGAAUCGGAGGCGCUGCCACCUUCGCCAGCCUUACCCGUGGAACAGCAGCGGCCAGGCCACGGGCAUGGCACUGCACCACCACCACCACCGAGCGAUUGCCUGUACCAUGAGGCACAGUUUCCUUUGUCCUUGCGAGCGCGCUAUGUGCUUAUCGAGUGUUUGGGCCCGGUGGUGCCCAGCACCAUAAUCUACGGCCUAAAGAAUGCGGACGCGCCGAAGGCUAAGCGGCAGAGUGAUCCCCAGGAUCAAUUGGAAACGGAAACCGAAGCGCCCGAUGAACUUAUUGAGCCCAAGUCCCAGUUUAUGGAGCUGCUUUUCACGGUGCAGAAUAAUACGCGACUCAAGGAGAAAAUGGCUAAAGUAGCGUUGCCGCAGGUGAAAACCUUUCCGGUGAUGAUCUCCGGCGGCUACCACGCCCAAGUGCGCCUCUAUUUGCCGCCCGUGCUGCGCGAAGACGAGAUCACACGCUAUCCCACCAUACUGCAUGUAUACUCAGGGCCGGGCACUCAACUGGUUACAGAUCGCUGGCACGUGGACUGGAACACAUAUUUGGCCGGCAACAAGGAUUACAUCGUGAUUGAAAUCGAUGGUCGUGGCUCCUCAGGCCAGGGGUACCAGCUGCUUCACGAGGUAUACAAGCGUCUGGGCAGCGUUGAGGUCUCCGAUCAGCUGGAGGUCAGCGAAUACUUGCGAGACAACUUACACUUUAUUGAUGCGCGUCGCAUGGGCGUCUGGGGCUGGAGCUAUGGCGGAUACACAGCUGCCCUGGCUCUGGCUGGACAACAAUCGAUCUUUCAGUGUGGCAUUAGUGUUUCACCGGUGACCAAUUGGAAGUUAUACGAUUCCACCUAUGCAGAACGCUUUUUGAGUUUCCCCAACGUAACCGACAAUUACAAGGGAUACGAGGAAAGUGAUCUCUCCAAGUACGUGGACAAUCUGCGAGAUCGUCAGUUCCUGCUGGUUCAUGGCACUGCUGACGACAAUGUUCACGUCCAGCAAUCCAUGGUUCUGGCUCGAGCUUUGACCAGCAAAGGCGUGCUCUACAAACAGCAGAUAUACCCAGAUGAGGGACACAGCUUAUCUGGUGUGAAGAGGCAUCUCUAUCGCUCGAUGACCGCGUUCUUUGAGGAUUGCUUCAAGAAACUGGUGCCACCGGAGUCUAAGGCUGGCCUGGGCAGCGGCGGCGAUAUGCAGCAGCAAUAAAAACAGGAACAACAACACAACAACAGCAGCAGCAACAGCAGCAACAAUAACAUAAAAGUAUGACCAUAAAAAUUUUUCUGAUAACAGCAGCGGAAAGCAUUCAACGAGAACCAAACGUGCGAGAAGAACGUUUACGUAAAUUACAUUAAAUGUAAUUUAUCAUAAACAAACACACAUACACACACAAACUGACACAAAAACACGAGCAUAAAGAGAAAAGAGACGCACAGCCAACAGUGAUUGUCACAUAAAUAGAGCCAAAAUGGCAACAACAAAACGUAAAUGGCAUUUUGUAUAAAAUUAAUAACCAGCAAAAAUAAAUGCAAACAAAACGAAAAAUCAACAUGGUUGUGAAUAACAUAACUCACACACACGCACACACACUAACACGUACACGCACACGCACACAACUACCAGAGCAAACUGGUCGAAAUGAAAAGUGAGAAAAAUACUUGGUCGCAUAUAACCAUAAACGGCGGAAGUGGGCGCUGUGGGUGUGGCAACAGCCCCAUAAUCAACAACAACAAUGUCUAAAUGUCGCAUAUUUUUUGUAUUUCAUAUUUUAUGCAUUUGUUGCAUAAAUUUCCAAUGCGUUUUACAAAGAGAAAAAAUGAAAUUACGAAAUAUUGAAGUGCAAAGGUCGACAGGUGAACCAACGACCAAACCAUGAACUGGUCGCCGGUCGGAGGUCGCUUUGCGGUUAUCGUGGGAUUGCCAAAAGUGUGUACAGAGAGUCUCAUUUGAGUUGUAGAGGAAAUCACUAUCAUAAAUCAAUUUACAAACAUUUGAAAAGCAAUUUAAAUGCCAUUUUCUGUUGGCAAUGCGACUAAAAUGCAUUUUAAAUGCAGAUAACUUAAAUAGAUGAUCUACCUUUUUAUUUGUGGCUUUCUUUUGUAAAUUUAUAUUGCACAAUAAUAAAAAAUUCAAAUAAAUUCAAUUAGGUAAGCUAAUAAAAUAGUUGAAAAGUCUGUUGUGUUUUUGCUCAAAAUUAACAAAGAAUUGCUCAUACAAUUAUGUAGAAAUAUCUUAUAUAAUUCCUUUACAUUUCUGUGAACACCAAUCGAGAUUUACUUAAGAUGCCUACAAAUUGUGAAUCUUUGAAAAUUUCUAUGAAAUCAAAAAAUUUGAAAACAAUGCGACAACAUGAAAAAUAAUUUAAAGCAAUAGUAAUUACAAAACUAAGAAAACCAGUAAAAUAUGCACAAACUUAUUAAAUAGACAGAGAGAGAGAAAGAGAGAGAAGGCCAAAGAGAAUUAUAAUUUGAUUUGCGAAUAAGUGAAAAAAUCACAAAGAAAAAGUACGUUAUGCAUGUAAGUAGCGCAAUAAUAAUUAAUAUAUUGAAUAUUUAAAUAGUUAUUUGAAUUCAGUUCGUGUUAAUUGCAACAACUUCGCAAUGAAGGGCAAACCAAAAAGUACAUUUCUAAAUGAGCAUAGUAACAUAAAAGAAAAAUACAAAUAAAGCGAGUCCCCUAAAAUUGUCUAGAUAAUUAAGUGAAAAAUCAAACUAAACAUACAUUAAAUACAAGUAAAAAUGAGAAACGAAAAGGUCAAAAAUAGCUGCGAUACACAUAAAAAAUUCAAAUGCAAAUUGCGACUGUCAGAAAGUUGACAAAGGACAACAAAAUAAAUGACACCGCAUCACAGACCCGCAUCCGUGUCCUGCAGCCUGCCCCAUUAAAAGGAAACAAGUAAACAGCUUCGUACACUAACACAUACACACAUAUGUGUGUAUGUAUGUACAAAAGGAUUAGCUUUAAUUAGGUUUUUUCAGUGGCGCAGAAUAUACCAGUUAAUUAGCAGCCUUCUGGCAAUUGCGGUUCUUAAUUAUAAUGCUCGACAUACGCUGUAGCUGUAUACGAAAUUCAGAUAUUCCUUAGUUAGUAUAGUUUAUAAUAGCUUUAGAGAACAGUUACUCAGUUUUUGGUCGAUAGUUUCGAGAUAUGCAGGCUCUUCAAUAUGAACUCUAAUUAGUAGAAUUUCGUCUUAAGUGACAUAUCGUUACGUUUUGUCAAGUUAUAGAGCUUAAUAAAUAAUUUAGUAGUCAAUCUGCAGGAAAUUUCGCGUUACUUUAACUAAUUCGGUUAAACGGGCGCCAAAAAUAUGUUACAAAAGCAGCCAACUCAUUCUCUUGUCAUAUGUACAUAUGUAUGUAUGUAUGUUCGUGUUCCUGGGGGUUGUGUGCAUGUGUGUAUGAAUACUCAAGCUUACCAACGCCAGCAUAAAUUUAUAUCUGACUGACACUUUAUGUGCGGCUUAGGCGGAUUUUUGAAAAUUUUACGAUUCCUUGUGGCGCGUCUGCAAAACGCACCUAAAUUUGGUCGCCUCGCUUGACACAAUUAACAUGUGAGAGUUUGGCGUGCACACACGCACACACACAAACACAUGAACAGUCACGCCCCUGCGAAUGGGCCAAGGCAUUUCAUUUUUAGACUAAAAGGUCGCCACAGCUGUGGGCGGCAUAAAAAGGGCAGCUGCUGUGUACGUAUGUGUGUGUGUGUGUGUGUUUUGUUGACACAAAAAGGUGUUUGCUUAAAGUGGAUGACAGAGAACAGGCAUUGGGGCAGAGCAGAGGCAGCUGGUCAGCUGAAAGGCGCACUCACACAUUCAGAGACAAAAAUGCAGAGAGAGAGAGAGAGCGAGUUGAUCUGUUGCCUGGGCUAAUCAGGGCUGCGCGGCGGCUGUGGAAUUUAUAUGUAUGCCUAAAAGUAUGCUAUAUAAAUGAAAAUUAAAUUGCUCUACAAUUUUAAACGCUUUCCAUGUAGUGUACUAAGGACCAAUUACCAAAACAAAAACUCUUAAAAUAUAAUUAUGAAAAUAUAGCAAAGCAUAGUGAAACGAACAAUUGAUUCAUUAAUUCCCUAAUUUGCAAUACAUACAUAUAUAUUAUUACCUUAGCAAGUACUUCAAUAUACACAUAUACAUACAUAUAGUAGUUACUGAAUAUUGACUUAUAUAAAAUGCAAUUUAGUAAUUAUACAAAGCAAGGCGUAUACAUAUACUUACAUUUAUUAACACAUACAUACAUAAAAUAUGUAUAUAUAUAAAUUAUGAAGUAUUGUAGUUUAGUUUCUUUAGUGGAUCAAGCGUUGGCAUUAUUCGAGUUAAAUUUCAACCAAAACCAAAAACAAAACCAAUUAAAGCGUAAUGAAUAUAGAGAUUAAUCGAACUUAAAAACUGUGUACUGUUAAUUAGAUUGUUAGCUCGAUGAAAGCGGACUCCUUGGCGAGACUGGCGAUCUGUAAAAAUAUGAACUAAAGUAAAUCUGUAAUAUAUGCGCCCUAUAACUAUAAAUACAUGACUAUACUUUGAUAUAUGAUACAUACAUAAAUACAUACAUACAUAUACAUAUAUUUUAUAAGCAACUUUUACUCUUUAAUGAUGAAAAUUUUAAUACUCUGUCUUCAGCCUUAACAAACAAAAACAAAAUCGAAAAGGAAAAGGAAACCAAAUGAAAUGAAUUCAUACUAAAAUGUCAGUAGAAUUAUUAAGAAGUGUCUCAAAAUGUGCAUUCAAAUUAAACCUAUGCACUUGUUAGCUAAUUUUUAAUGUAAAUAAGCUUUAAAUCGUUACUUUCUUCGUUUAUUUGUUUUGUUAUUAUUAACUUAGCAGGACGUUUGACUAAAAACCAAUCCUAUGUGAUCCAACAAUUUCUUCUCUUCCAUAAGCAACCAAAAAAAAAAAAAAAGAAAAUUAUAAAAAAAAAACAAAACAAAAGAGUAAUUAAAUGAUAAUUGAAUUUAAACAUUGACUUAAUUAGCUGAGAUGUUAAAUAAUUUCGCAAGGCAUUUAGCAAGAUCCAUAAAAUAUAUAUAUAUAUACUUAUAUACAUACAAUAAACCAAAGCAUGAGAGCCAAAAAACAAA